AUGGCCAUGAGAAGAGGUGGCGAUGGAAAUGACGCCUUCCAAACGGCCUUUUUCACCCACCAAACCCAACACGAAGAUGGCUACGAUGUCCUCCAACGCACCCGUCCUCACCAGACCAACCCUAUGUCCGGUUCCUUUCUCAACAACCGAACUGGCAUAGCGGAUCAAGAAUCGCAAGACUUUACCGUCGAGCGACUGGACGCAAGGUUCGACUGCCUGGUUGAGAACCUUCCAAUCUGGAAGACGAGCCCUCGGUCGAUCGCAGCGCGUGCCUCCCGAAGGUCCGUCGAGUCGCUGGUCCUCAAGGUCACUGACCCCAACGAAGCCGGCUUCCUUCAAGUGGACAAAGAGCUUGAGUCCAUCCAAACUCUUUGUGAAAAUGCUGCGCACCAAAUCCGCCGUGGUGGAGAUUGUACCACCGAACUGGGCAAGAUUCUGUCCCAGGCGGAAGUCGUGUGGCAUCGGGCAGCCGAUACGGCCGCUUCAUCGAAGAUGCUGAAGCAGGAGCAGCAAGAGUAUCCCUUCCGACCUGGACUCAUCAGAAGCCGAGUCUACUCCUUCGUGGAGCUUUCUUGGGCACACCUGCGAUUGCGGCCGACAACUGUCGAGGUCGAUGAUGCCGGCGAUCAAGACUCCGUCAAGCUGGACCUCACACGAUCUGGUCUUGGGGAGAGCGAGACGUACCGGCGUCCAAGUGGACCGGAAAAUCAUCUCGACCUACGAUCGCGGCAGACUCGAAGGUUGGAAGACCGUCUGGCUGCGGGCAGCCGAUGCGACCGCUUCAUCGAGGCACCAUCUGUUGGGCCACCAUCCAACCACACGCCGGAGUCCUCAACAAUUCCGAAACAGAGCCGCCCAAGAGUCCCCUUCCGUGGACAAUUUAAGAAGUACGGCAACCAUCAUGUCGCAGAACAAUACGAGCGGAGGAGAACGAUGCCCCCCGGCGAACCAUCUUCUACCACAUAUACAACAAAGCAGACUGGAGUCAAUGGUCGCCGUCUGCGUAUCGGCAUCGGCAUCGCAGGAUGGCGAUGA